CAGAAAAUACUUACCACUAAAAUUAUGUGGGGAAAAAAGUGUAUAUAUCCAUAUCGAUAUUGGUUAUCGGUAUGUUUUAAUUUAAAAAGUAAGUGUCCGUUCUGCCUGAAACAUGCACAGCUCCAGUCACGUGGAACAGCUACCAAUAGAUUUUCCUCCUCAAUCUGUGCAGCCUUGGGUUGAAAAUCUUAUAAUGGAUCUGUUUUUACGCCACGGCAGACAUUCGCGUGUGGUUCGCUGUAUCGUGGCGGUAGAUUCCAUCACAAGAAAGGCUCCAGUUUUAUAGCGUCAGUACUUUGAUACAAUCUAGUGUAUAUUUAAUGGAGUCUGUAUGGUUUUUAAUAUGCAUAAUAAAAAAGCUUAGUGGAGUAAUGUGUAUGACACGAUGUAAGCUGACUAAAGGUCCAAAUAGUAACUGCCUGAUGCUCCCAAGUUACCCUGAAUCUAUCUUUAAUAAGCAGUGUCAUACAGUACACAGAAUUAAUGUGUGGAUGGGGUUUCACUGUCAUUUAUUGUAAUCAUCACUCCUGUCUUUCUUUCUCACCUGUUUCCUCUUUUUCUGUCUCUCUUUCUUCCCCAACCAGACCUUUUGGUGGUGUGCGUAGGCGCACCAUGGCCCAGACCCUCCAGAUGGCGAUCCCAAACUUCGGCAAUAAUGUUUUGGAGUGUCUGAAUGAGCAGCGGCUGCAGGGCCUCUACUGUGAUGUCUCCGUGGUGGUCAAGGGCCAUGCCUUCAAGGCCCAUCGAGCUGUGCUGGCUGCUAGCAGUUCUUAUUUCCGGGACCUUUUCAGCAGUAGCAAUGGUGGAGGUGGGAGCAGCAACGAGACAAGCCCAACUGUAGUGGAGCUCCCGUCAGCCGUGCAGCCCCAGAGCUUCCAGCAGAUCCUGUCUUUUUGCUACACAGGCCGUCUCAGCAUGACUGUGGGGGACCAGUUUCUCCUCAUGUACACUGCCGGCUUCCUGCAGAUCCAACAGAUCAUGGAAAAAGGCACUGAGUUUUUCCUCAAGGUCUCCUCCCCCAGCUGUGACUCCCAGGGCCUUCAAGCUGAGGAGGCCCCACCCUCUGAGCCCCAGAGCCCUGUGACGCAGACCAGUAACAGUGCAGGCCGGCCUGCCUCCUGCCUGACGCCGCUCCCUCUGGUAUCACGGGUGAAGACAGAGCAGCCAGCUAGCCAGCCGGAGGCCGCCACUCCUUACUCGGUGGUCUGUACUCCUGUAGCCAAGCGGCUGUGGGAGGGCGGCAGCAGCCGAGAUGGAGGCGGGGUCGGCUCAGGGGGUGGAGGCGGGGCUAGGAAAGCAGCCCGUUAUUCCCAGGAGGCAGUUCGGGGCAGCGCCAUUCAGAGCCCCGGGGCCCUCGGACUGGCCAUGGGUAUGGGUGCCAACGCAACCAGCCUGGCAGGCGUGGUGGCCAGUGGUGGGCUCAGUGGCAAUGCCGGCACCAAUGGAAGCUCUGCAGCAGGCCUCGGCAUGUCAGAAGGUGCCAGCCCGGGCACCCUGAGCACCUACGCCAGUGACUCGCCCAUCAGCUACCAUGAUGAUGAAGAAGAGGAAGAGGGAACAGAUGAAUGUGCUGAAGAGCAGUAUAGGCAAAUCUGCAACAUGUAUACCAUGUACAGCAUGCUCAACAUGGGAGCUGCAGCAGCUGGUGAACGUGUCGAAGCUCUACCAGACCACACAGAGACACGGGGCCGGAUGCGAGGAAGAGACCUUACAUGUCUCCCCGCAGAACUCAUCGCUCAAAUAGGCAACCGCUGUCAUCCCAAACUGUACGAGGAAGGAGACCCUGCUGAGAAACUAGAGUUAGUCUCAGGUACUUCUGUGUAUAUAUCACGAGCCCAGCUAAUGAACUGUCAUGUGAGCGCAGGGACCAGACACAAGGUGCUGCUUAGGAGGCUGCUGGCUGCCUUCUUUGACAGGAAUACUCUGGCCAACAGCUGCGGAACAGGCAUCCGCUCGUCCACCAACGACCCGAGCCGCAAGCCCCUGGACAACAGAGUUCUGCAUGCGGUCAAAUUUUAUUGCCAGAACUUUGCCACCAGCUUCAAAGAGAGCGAGAUGAACGCCAUCGCAGCCGACAUGUGCACCAACGCCAGACGCGUGGUCCGCAAGAGCUGGAUCCCCAAGCUGAAGCUACUGAUGGCCGAGAGCGACGCCUACACCGCCUUCCUCCCCGACGGCGUCAAGAUGGAGGAUGACACCCUAGGGGCAGACCCAGCCUUCGACCCUGCCUCUCUGGAGGCCGCCAGCGGCCCUGGCAUGGAGUCAGGCGGCUCUUCAGGUGAAUCGCUACCAGGUGUGGGCGGGGACGGAGGACCGUUAUUUUGAACACUGUGUCUGGGGAAGGUUGAAAUUUGGUGACACACAUACCAGUAUUCCCCAGUUCUGCUUGCCUCCUCACUCUUUGGCCCACGCUGAUCUCUCACAUCUGACUGUCUAUACUACACUGCUCGGGUCAACAGCUGCUCUGACCCUGAUGUAACCAGGACAUGAAAACCUUAAUUUUUGCUUUAUGACUGUACAAUGGAGCUAGCUGAGGAAAGGGAGAGAGUAAGAGGGUCUUAAGUUUCCUCCUAACUGCCCUCUGCCUCCCCUUGUCUUUUUAAGGUGUGUAAGCGCAUCCACUGUUGCAUUUUAAAUACAUUCCCUGAAACGCAGGUGAUGAGCGGAGCCUGAGGAGGAAGGGAUGGCUGGAUGGACAGGCUAGGAGUAAAAGUAGCGAGUAUACUGAAUGUAAGUGUCAGUGGCAUUUUUCUCUAUGCAACCCUGACAACGUGUGUUCCAGCCUCAGAAAAGGAGCUAAAUUGAAAAUAGAUACAAUAAUACACAUUAACACUACCUGUUCUUCCUCCCCUCCACUCAUCACCCUGCAAGUAUUCGUCACCACACCACCUUUCUCGAGACCUGAGAAUCUCACCCGAGUGUUUCACUGUGCAGUGUCUUUUAGAAAUCGAUCUCAUCUUUCUCUGUUUCCUAAAUAUUUUGCAUGUUUCUCCGUCUGUAAAUUGAUCCAGAGAGAAAGGGGGAAAGCUUUUUGAUUGUAAAGAAAAUUUAAAGGGCAACAGGUAAUCAAAGAUGGGCGGGUUUUUUUUUUUUUUUUUUAAAAGAAAAGAAAAACUAUAUUUAUACAAGUGCCCAUGCCUGGAAUGGCGUGAGCAAAGAGAGCAAGAGGGAUUGUUUUAAAAUCUCUUAUCUUCAUGUUUUAUUGAAAGAGGUCUUGUCAAAUGAGGAAAAGUGCUAUUUUUGCAUUUAAAAAAACUAUAAUAAAUCAGUCUUAUCAUAGGACCCUUAGACGUUUAUUUUUAUCUUUAUUUGACAGUGCAGAGUGAUGGAAUGAGCAGUUGAACUGCUAAAUUUGAAGCAUUUCAUCUUCUGUUCACAAGCUUAAAAGGAAUAAUAAGACUGAUUCAGCUGGCUUGACUGUUGUCUAUGAUAACCGUUUCUUGUUAGGUUGUGAACCUGCAGCGUUUGCCUCCUUCGAUAAAACAUUGGCCCACAAUUUUGAUGAUUACUUGUAGAAAUUAUAAAGGUUAUAGUGAUACAACAACUUGGCUAGUUUAGUCUUUGUACUGAAAUUUAAAAAAAAAAUGGUGACAAAUGCUUAAGUCACAGGAAAUUAUGGGAUAUUGGGAAGUGCCUUUUGAUUGAAAUCAAUAAGCAGAAACCGGGUGGGUACAGUGAUGUCAUGAGGAGGCAAUAUUGCUUGAAGCAAACAGGUUUUAUGGUACUAUCCAUGUGUGUGCGAGACAGUUUGGUGAGGACGGAGAGCCUGUGUUGCGUGGCUGUGUCUUUCAGUACGUAGUUUAUUCAUGUAUCUAACGCACCACCUCUUUGAGACGGAAUUUCGAAAUGGCUGACAGUUUUAUUUUCGAGUUUGAGAUGAUUUUGCACCUUCCAUGAGAGUGGAGGUUUCUGCACCUUAAUGAGAAGAACCUCAUGCACCUUUUGAGAAAUGUUGUGUAGCAAUUGAGCCCCUUUAGGUGGAAUCGGUCUUUGUUUUUUCCUCCUGUGUCUGCCUGUGUUUUCUUGUUUAUAAGUGGCACAAAUUCCUACUGUACAUAAUCAAGAUGACUGUUGAGUUAAAUCCCAAGUGUUCUUCCUUUUCCGUUGCUGGAUGCAUUUGAUUAUGAAAUGCCAUCGACUGACCUUUUUUUUGUGUGGGUGAACGUUUGUGUUUGCUAGAAGGUUUUCGAAUGACCUGUAAGAGGUCAACACGGGGGAUUUAUUUUUCCUGUUGCAGGUGGAUAUAAAAUGGUCUUGGUGUGACUUAGGAAUGUGUUCUUAAGCGGAAAUGCUCCAGUUGAUUACGUUCUCGUUCUCGAGGAGCAUUUCUGAAAAAGGUUCUAUUUUUCUGAAGACGGGUAGAGAUUAAAAACCAGAAAGGAAUUUAUGUUUCUUAUUCACAGCAGUUGAGUGACUUAUUGAAAAAAAAAUUGAAAGCAUGAUAAAUAAAUAGUUAAAACUAUUUUUCGUUAGAAAUUAAAAUGAUCAGGAUGAGUUUAGUGAAAUGGUCAGAACAAAAAUGCAGUACCUUGUAAGUAUUUUAAAGGGUAAUGACGAUAAAACCUCAGUAAGCUCUGCAUUUGACUGUAAAUGCCACAUGAGCACCCCUCCCCCAAUUACCUCUCCAGUAUCUUUGAAGACUGUUGUGCUUCCUGUCCACGCAGCUGGUGUCAUGUUUCACUUCCACAAAGUUUAUUCAUGUGUAUCAGAGAGAGGCAAAGCAGCGGUUUUAGGUGGCUACAAUUCGCCUCAUGCUUAAUUUGCUUAGUGGCUUUUAACUGGGCCAAGUUUACAGUUUGACUCAGAUUACAUUGUCAUGUUUUUAUCCGAUAUGUUUUAAUUAUGACACUAAGUAAUUUAGUGUAUCUAAGUCAGCAUAAUCCCUUAAAUUGUUUCACGAUAUACCGAAAACUUUUAAAUAUAUCAAACUCAAGGCCUCAUAAUAAAUCCACUAUGAUAUCAGAUUCCUAGAUAAUUGCUCUGUGUAUAGAGUUAAAGGACAAAGAGACAUGUCCAUCGCUAGGACCUCUGAAUUAAAUUUAGGGAGGUUUUGGGACAUUUAAUCUAGUAAUGGCAUGUAAUUCCAUUUUGGCCACUGAAUCGGUCAAUGUUCCUGCCUAACAAAAUCAAACCAAAUAAAAAGCCAAAUUACUGUUCAGAUGUCCGAGUUUAGUUAUGUUACUGCAAGACUGUUAUUGAUUUUGCCCCUCAGAGAUAUUAGUGAGGUCAGAGCGUUAUUACCGUUGACACUCUUAGAAAAACAGUGACUCUCCCAUUGAAAACAAAAAAAAAUGUUAAACUUAAAGAUGAAACUUGAAAAAUUAAGAAGUUUUUAAAGUGAGGAACAAAUUACAUUUCUAACCCUAGAUUUCAUGGUACAUGGCCAUUGCAAGGAUGUCUGAAAUUAAUUCAGUUUUUUUUGGGACAGUCAAUCUAGUAAUGACAUUUAAUUCCAUUUUGGCCACUAAAUCGUUCAGUGUCCCUGCCUUACAGAACAAAACCAAAUAAAUGGCCAAAUUACUCUUCAAAUGUUUGAGUUUAGUUUUGUUACUGCAAGUUAAAACAAAGAUUUUCCCAUUGAAAACAAACAUUUAAAAAUGAAAAAAUUAAGUGGUUGUUACAACAAGAAACAACUUCAAUUUCUUACCAUAGGUGUAGAUUUCACGGGUGGUGCAGGGGACACAUCCUUCAAUAUUUAGAACGUGCAUUUGCCCCUCCCAGUAAAAACACGUUUCCACUGACAGCGAGUCUCCUAUAAAAAUAUAUAAGAU